UGCUACAAAUCACAUUUCUUCUCUUCUGUUUCGUCGGUGAACGACCAAUAGUCAUUACUCGUUAAGAGCGUGUAAUAACAACAUUGAAGUCAAGACCCAAUGCACAGAACUGAGAGAUAAUGCCAAUGGAUUCCGCUGCGUGCUCCGUCACCACGACGGCGCAGAUGGCACUCUUCAGAGCGCUCCACCGCCAAUUCACCGGAGCGUCUCAUAACCGCGCGCUUCUCCGCCGCAACCUCAAAUGCGUUGCUAGUUCUAGCAUCAACUGCUUCCGCAUUCCGUGCACUUUCACUUCUUCGCCGUUGUCGUCGCCUUCUCUCCGUACCUUCUGCGCGCCGCGCUGCUGCGUUUCGAGCUCUGCGGCUUCGUUUGCUUCCUCUGCCGGUGGUGGAAAUGGAGGUUCUGGAGUUGGAGACGGCGGCGGUGGUGGUGGUGGUUCUGGUGGGGAAUCCGGUGACGCUAAUCUCAAAUUGGUUGGAGCUGGAGACGCAGCUCAGGAGCUUUCGGCUCUCUCGCCUGAUGUUAUUAUCCUCGACGUUUCGGGAAUGGUGUGCGGAGGAUGUGCUGCGACUGUGAAAAGGCUUCUAGAGAGUCGUCCGCAAGUGUCAUCGGCCAGUGUAAAUUUAACAACAGAGACAGCAAUAGUUUGGCCUGUAUCUGAAGCAAAGACUGCACCAAAUUGGCAACAUCAAUUAGGGGAGACACUUGCAGAGCAUUUAACUAGCUGUGGUUUCAAUUCUAGCAUUCGAGAUUCAACAAGAGAAAGUUUCCUCCAAAUUUUUGAAAGGAAGAUGGAGGAACGGCAUAGGCAAUUAAGAGAAAGUGGUCGCGAGCUAGCUGUUUCUUGGGCUCUUUGUGCUGUCUGUCUUGUCGGCCAUCUCUCCCAUUUAUUUGCUGCAAAGGCACCAUGGGUCCAUGCAUUUCAUUCCAUCGGGUUUCACCUGUCCUUGUCUUUGUUUACGUUACUUGGUCCUGGCCGCCAACUUAUCUUUGAUGGCUUAAAAAGCCUUCUUAAAGGGGCACCAAACAUGAACACCUUAGUUGGUCUUGGGGCUUUAUCAUCAUUUGCGGUGAGCUCAUUUGCUGCCUUGCUGCCAAAAUUGGGUUGGAAGGCUUUCUUUGAGGAACCGAUCAUGCUAAUUGCAUUUGUCUUGUUAGGAAGGAAUCUUGAACAGAGAGCUAAAAUUAAAGCAGCCAGUGAUAUGACAGGACUUCUUAGUCUUUUGCCAUCUAAAGCUCGCCUUCUAGUUAACAAUGAGGAAACAGAGGCUGUCUCCAUUGUCGAAGUUCCUUCUGACAGUCUUUCUGUUGAAGACCAAAUUAUUGUGUUGCCCGGAGACCGGAUUCCAGCUGAUGGAAUUGUGAGAGCUGGUAGAAGCACCGUAGAUGAGUCAAGUUUCACCGGGGAGCCGCUGCCAGUAACAAAAGUAGCUGGGUGUGAAGUUGCAGCUGGAAGUAUAAAUCUUAAUGGAACUCUUACAUUGGAAGUGCGGAGACCAGGUGGUGAGACUGCUAUGGCAGACAUUGUUCGCCUAGUUGAAGAGGCACAAAGUAGGGAAGCUCCUGUACAGCGUUUGGCUGACAAGGUAGCAGGAUACUUCACCUAUGGAGUGAUGGCUGUCUCUGUUACCACAUUUACGUUCUGGAGUCUGUUUGGCACACACAUUUUACCUGCCACUGCAUAUCAAGGGAGUGCAGUUUCACUGGCUUUGCAGUUUGCUUGCAGUGUUUUGGUUGUUGCUUGUCCAUGCGCACUUGGGUUAGCCACACCUACCGCUGUGCUGGUUGGAACUUCUUUGGGAGCUAAAAGAGGAUUACUUUUGCGUGGUGGAAACAUUCUAGAGAAAUUUGCCAUGGUAAACGCUGUUGUGUUUGACAAAACAGGGACCCUCACAGUUGGUAGACCUGUUGUAACAAAGGUUGUUGCUUCUACAUGCAUUGAAAAUGCAAACUCAAGCCAAACUAUAGAAAAUGCUUUGUCUGAUGUUGAGAUUCUGAGGUUGGCAGCUGCUGUAGAAUCAAAUUCAGUACAUCCCGUUGGGAAAGCAAUUGUGGAUGCUGCUCAGGCAGUUAACUGUCUUGAUGCUAAGGUAGUAGAUGGAACAUUCCUUGAAGAACCUGGUUCUGGUGCAGUAGCAACCAUUGGCAACAGAAAGGUUUAUGUUGGGACAUUGGAAUGGAUUACCAGGCACGGAAUUAACAACAAUAUACUUCAAGAAGUGGAGUGUAAAAACGAGUCCUUUGUCUAUGUUGGAGUUAAUGAUACUCUAGCUGGCCUAAUUUAUUUUGAAGAUGAGGUAAGGGAAGAUGCAAGGCAUGUUGUGGACACGUUGUCUAAGCAAGAUAUUAGUGUAUACAUGCUGUCUGGAGAUAAAAGGAAUGCAGCUGAACAUGUUGCAUCUCUUGUUGGAAUUCCCAAAGACAAGGUGUUAUCAGGCGUCAAACCUGAUCAAAAGAAGAAGUUCAUAAAUGAACUCCAGAAAGAUAACAUUGUCGCCAUGGUUGGUGAUGGAAUUAACGAUGCAGCUGCCCUAGCAGCUUCACAUAUUGGUAUUGCAUUAGGUGGAGGUGUAGGAGCUGCUAGUGAGGUGUCUUCUAUCAUAUUGAUGCGCGACCAUCUGUCACAGCUACUUGAUGCUUUGGAGCUUAGCAGGCUAACCAUGACUACUGUAAAACAAAAUCUUUGGUGGGCUUUCAUAUACAACAUUGUAGGGAUUCCAAUUGCUGCUGGAGUGUUAUUUCCUGUAAAUGGUACCAUGCUGACUCCAUCAAUUGCAGGGGCUCUCAUGGGGUUGAGUUCCAUUGGCGUAAUGACUAACUCUUUGCUUUUGAGAUUCAAAUUUUCCUCAAAGCAGAAACAAAUACUUGACAUGUUGCCAAAGACUAAGAUCCACGUGGAUUCUGAUCGGACACCCCAAAACCAGAAAAUGAAGUAUAAAUAUUAGAUAUUGGAUGGAGGCACCCAAUAACGCAACAGAAAUGAGGUUCCCAGUUCAGAUAUCCAAGGUCAGGUAGAGCAUGGCAGGGCUAUAAUACACUUCAAAAUUUUGUUCUUGUGGAGACCAUCUGAACUCUGAAGGAUGUAAGGAAUCUGUACUAACGAGAAAUUUAAUGUAUAGAGAUGAAAUAAACCGAGGGAGGGACACUAAUCAAGCAAUUAUGUCAUCUGAAACAGUUAAUCAGAGACAUUACGUUGCCUCUUUGAGAGCUUUCUACCCAUAAUUACAAACUUUCCACCUAUGACACCACACGUCCAUUUUUCCUUU